AUGGCUCGAUUCGGUAUGCAAAGUACAGUACGGAACUACGGAAUCUACUUUUACUGUACAAGGCGGGGGUUGAGGGGCUGCAAGUUGGCGCCUCAGGCAGUUAAAGUAAGGCAAGCCGGGUAUGGCGGCAAGGUGGAUAAGGGGAAGGAACGGUGUUGGCGCGACUACGAUGUGGUGAAUGAUGGAUCAAAUUGUUGUCAACAAGACGCGCGCUUGUUGCUAGUUGCGUGA